GAGAGAGAGAGAGAGAGAGAGAGAGAGAGGCGGUCCAGUCCCAGUGCAGUGCAGUGCUGUGGUGUGUCGGCCGCAGGGAGUAGAUGAGUGUAUGUGCAGGACCAGUUAUAGAGCUAGAGGGUGUGCAGGACCAGUCAUAGAGAGAGAGAGAGAGAGUGUGCAGGACCAGGCACGACAUAGCUCAACCUUCCGUGGAACAAAUGAGAAGGAAAACUACUCUUUCGUUUGGACUAAAUGACGGCAGACGGACGCCAUUGAAGUGAGAGAGGGUCGCUAAUCGAAACCGCGCGGCGUCGAGGAGGACCAUCGGGGACCUCCUCUACCAACACAACAACAACGCCGUCGUAUGGUCGCUGGUUGAGUCCGCCGCUCAGUUUGCUGGCAAAACAACCCACCAAUAAUGCAACGGGACAGCUCUGCAACCACACCUACUUCCUGUCUGUAGAGGAAGAGGCUGUGCCAGGAUGUCUUCUCAUCCCCAGUCUAUGACAACGGGCCGGAGGACUAUGGACACACGGCACCUGCCGAACCCGGCUGCCUUACCAUUGCAGCUCCAGCGGGCACACACUGAAGUGGGAAUGGUGGACUACCACUCCCAUCAUGCCAGAGACUACAGCUCCCACCUGGCUCAACCCCAUCGCCGUCGUCCCUCCUUGCUUUCCGAAUUCCAGCCUGGCAGCGAGAGAGGACAAGAGCAGCAUAUCCGCUAUGAGCACAUCUACCUACCAGACCCUGGCAGCCAAUCAGAAAUGGAGUUUGCGGAGAUGAAACGACCUCGUUUGGAGAUAGGUCCAGAUUCUCUGAUGAGACCCUCAUCCCAUCGCCAGCAAUUGCCUCUGGGGGGGCCUGAGGAUCUUGCUAAGGAUCGUGGAAGUUCGAUGGGGAAGCUCGAGCCAAUCUCCCCUGUGAGCCCAGUCCACAUGGACCCUGACUUGGAUCUGGUGCCAGCUCGCUUCUCCAAGGAAGAGCUGAUCCAGAACAUGGACCGAGUUGACCGGGAGAUCACUAUGGUGGAACAGCAGAUCUGCAAGCUUCGCAAAAAACAGCAACAGCUGGAGGAGGAGGCUGCAAAACCUCACGAGCCAGAGCGGUCCAUUUCCCCUCCACCCAGCGAGGCCAAGCAUCGCAGCUUGGUACAGAUCAUCUAUGAUGAGAACAGGAAAAAGGCAGAAGAGGCUCACAGGAUACUGGAAGGGCUCGGACCCAGGGUAGAACUGCCACUAUACAAUCAGCCUUCUGAUACCAAGCAGUACCAUGAAAACAUCAAAAUAAAUCAAGCGAUGAGGAAAAAACUCAUCUUGUACUUCAAAAGAAGAAACCAUGCUCGUAAGCAGUGGGAACAGAAGUUCUGCCAGCGCUAUGACCAAAUGAUGGAAGCCUGGGAGAAGAAGGUGGAGCGCAUUGAAAACAACCCCCGGCGCCGAGCCAAGGAGAGCAAGGUGCGGGAGUACUACGAGAAACAGUUCCCAGAGAUCCGCAAGCAGAGAGAGUUGCAGGAACGAAUGCAGAGCCGUGUCGGGCAGCGAGGAAGUGGAUUGGCCUCUUCUGCGGCGCGCAGUGAACAUGAGGUCUCUGAGAUCAUUGACGGAAUAUCAGAGCACGAGAACACAGAGAAGCAAAUGCGACAGCUGGCAGUCGUCCCUCCAAUGCUGUUUGAUGCCGAGCAGCAGCGCAUCAAGUUCAUCAACAUGAAUGGACUGAUGGAUGACCCCAUGAAGGUGUACAAGGACCGGCAGGUCAUGAACAUGUGGAGCGAGCAAGAAAAGGACACUUUCAGAGAGAAAUUUAUUCAGCACCCUAAAAACUUUGGUUUGAUCGCAUCUUUUCUAGAAAGAAAGACGGUGGCAGAAUGUGUGCUCUUUUAUUAUUUGACCAAAAAGAAUGAGAACUAUAAGAACAUAGUGCGAAGGAACUACAGAAGACGGGGAAGAAGCCAGCACGGACAGCAGCAGCAGCAGCAGCAGCAACAACAGCAACAGCAAGUCAACCGAACCAGCCAGGACGAAAAGGACAAGGAGGAAAAAGAAAAGGCAGAGCCAGAGAGGGAUGACGAAAAAACUGAAGCUGAAGACAAGGAGGAUGGAAUGAAAGAUGAAACUUCUGGAGAAGAUGCAGAGGACAAAGAGCCUGCCGUGGCUGUCAAGGGUCGACGCACAGCCAACAGCCAGGGGCGGCGUAAGGGCCGAAUCACCCGCUCCAUGACCAGCGAAGUAGAGGAGACGACCGCACCGCCUGUCAACAAUGAGCUUGCCAAUCUGGAGAUGAAUGAGAGCUCUCGCUGGACUGAAGAAGAAAUGGAAACUGCCAAAAAAGAAUAG